GAAAUAUCUAUAAGUGGAAGUAUUUGUCUCAAAUUUCAUCUAUAUUAAAAAGCACCCUCUAUCAUGUACGCGCAUUGCGCCACGACCUUUAAUGGGCGCAGCUUCCCUGGAACUCAAUUACUCCCUCAACUUCCAAUGGAGAUUGUCUCUAUUUGACCUCGUUGUUGCUAAGAUCUUUUUUGAGGUAUUUUGAUAAACGAACCAAAAUAGGAAAGGACUAAAGCUUUAUAGCAACAAUGUAAUGUGCAUAACUCUUAAAGCGGGAAAAAAUUAAAAAAUUGUUUUGUGUAUUGAACAAAAGAACGCGAACUGUGUUUACUUUAUAAUUGUUAAUCAUUUGCAAAUUUAAUAUCUUCCAAUUAUUUCUAAAUGCUUCCUCGUCUUCUAUUGAGAGUGAUGCGUGGAAGAGUGUACGAUGUCCCGUAAAUGGUAUUCGUUAAAGAGACCAAAGAAACUGUGAACAUUUCGAAACCAUUUUUAAUUAUAUACUAGGCUUCUCGGUUUUAUCCAUUAGGAUUAAUCUUGAGAAGUAUACUGAGUAUUUACGAUGAUCAUGUAUACAGUUGCAGAAGAUCAUAUGGGCGAUACUGAAAUCGCACAGGUGAUAGCAUUCAUAUGUGGAAUAAUAGUAAUAUUAUUAAUGAUAAUGGGCUUAGCUUCUACUGAUUGGUUAAUGGCAUUAGGAUGGAGACAAGGGUUAUUUGCACAUUGUAUUGAAGAAGCAGCACCUACACCUUUGCCAUUUAAUGUACCAGAUUCUGCAGGAUGUUUCCAAGCUAGAGACGUUGCCUAUAUAAAAGCAGCUGCUGCCUUAUGUGUAGUAUGUUUAAUAACAGAUAUUGCAGCAACAAUUCUUACUGGUCUAGGUUUGAGGUCACAAGAUAACCGUGACAAGCAUAAAUAUUAUAGAUUUGCAGUCUUUUGCAUGGGUUUUGCAUUGGUAUCACUCUUAAUAGCUUUAGUAAUAUAUCCAGUAUGUUUUGCUGCAGAACUUAAUUUUGGAAAUCGACCAAUGUGGGAAUUUGGUUGGGCAUAUGGAGUUGGUUGGGGUGCAGCUAUAUUUUUGUUUGGUGGAGCGAUUUUAUUAUUAUGCGAUAAGGAAAGCGAAGAAAUUUAUUACAAAGAAAGAAAAAUUGUACGCGAUGAUAUUGGCGGUGGCGGUUCUAUGAUUGGCAUGGGACAUCAUGGUGGACGAAGUGGGACGCAAUUAGCCUAGUGGCAUUGCUCCCUGCCCGACGUUGUUCUCUAGGUGAUUUAUUUCUUCUUUUUCUGUCCUCACUAUUUGAUACAUUUGUGGAGAAAAACGUACACAUGUAUAAGAGUAAACGGUUUUUAUAUAUAGUCUGCUUGUUCACCAGCAUAUAUUGGACAUAACUAUCACUUUGAUAUAGGAUGUAUGAAACAUCUUAUCGGCGAAAAGAGUUUGUAAAUUGAUCGAAACUUGAUUAAUUCGUUCGUGGGUUACCAAUUUCCAAUUUUUCAUAGUAAAAAUUUCGGGACCAUUGCAUCAUUUAAUUUACUGUAAUAUGAUAUUUUAUGUAUCAUAUAA